AUGUUGUUUGAUAUUUUACUUACGGUCUCCGAUGUUGUUGAAACAAAACCUUUAGCUGAACAGAAUGUUUAUAGAGGAUAUAGUCUUUUAUCUAUAAUUGAUUCAUCUCAUCUUUCAACAUUUGUCAUUGCUCUUGUUCUUAUUAUCUAUGGAAGUUUUCGUGCAUUAGAUCAUGAUAAAUCCAAAGAAUCCAUAUCCUCAAAUAAAUUUCUAUCAGAUUCAUUAUCAAAUGAUCAAGGUACAAAUUCACAUGUUAUCGAAACAAUGCAUGCUAUUGCUCUUCCUCUUGGUGCAUCAUUAUCUUUAAUAAUCAUGUUCUUCUUUUUUGAUUCACUUCAGACGAUCUUUAUUAUGUGUACAGCAAUUCUAUCAACAAUGGGUUUUGCUUAUCUUUUAACACCAUGUUGUCAAUUAAUACUUCGUCCAUGUUCUGAUAAUACAAAAAUUUCAUUUGGUUUUAUGGGUCGUUAUACAUUAUCAGAAAUCAUUGCAUUCAGUUUAUCAAUAGCUCUUGUUUUACUAUGGAUUAUUACUGGACAUUGGUUAUUUAUGGAUGUUAUUGCAACAGGUUUAUGUAUAUCGUUUAUUGCUCUUGUUCGAUUACCAAAUUUGAAAGUGUCAGCAUUAUUACUAUUAGGUUUAGUUAUAUAUGAUGUUUUCUGGGUAUAUUUCUCUCAUUAUAUAUUUACAACGAACGUUAUGGUUCGAGUUGCAACACGUGAAGCAGAAAAUCCUUUAACAACAAUUGCGCGAAAAUUUAAUUUUCAUCGAUAUAAUGCACCAAGACUUUCAUUACCUGGUAAAAUUGUUUUUCCAAGUAUGCAACAAAGUGGUCGAUUUUCGUUACUUGGUCUUGGAGAUAUAAUUAUGCCUGGACUUGUUCUUUGUUUUGUUUUACGUUUUGAAUCUCGAAAACGAACGAAUAAUUUAUAUAAUAAUGAUCCAUUAGCAUUAAUUAAUCGUUUAACAUAUUUUCAAUGUUCCUUAUUUGGUUAUUGUGCAGGUUUAAUAGCAGCAACUAUUUCAGCUGAAGUAUUUAAAUGUGCACAACCUGCACUUUUAUUUCUUGUUCCAUUUACAUUAAUACCAUUAUUAUUAAUCGCUCAUUUAAAGGGUGAUCUUAAUUCAAUGUGGUCGGAUCCAUUUGCUGAGAAUGGCGAGAUACCAUCUCCAUCGUGCAAAUUAUUAAAUGUUUAA